GUUGACCCGUUUGACCUUCCGGUACGCGGUGAAUUGGAUUAUUUAUUCACGCCUCUUAAGUCUCUGGCUUAAUUGUCUUGUGUAUAUAUUUCACAAGGAUGGUUGGUGGAUAUGCAGUCUUGCGCGAUAAGUCAGAAAAGACUAUCAAAUACAGGACUCCCAGGGGUAAAGAGGUUUGUUUGACAAGAGAAGUCUAUCUUCGGGAUGACAUACCAUGUAGAAGUUUGUCAUGCUCUCAGAUCGAGUGCCAUCAAGGUGGAUAUUGCUUACCAAAAGACUUAAAAACCUAUGUUUUAAUCGAUGGAUUUUAUGCUCUAAACUACUGGGAACUGUUUGAGCUUGAAGACAUAAAGGGUGUUAUUGUUUCACUGUCGUCAGUGAAUUUCGUUCAGCAACAGGCCUCGACGAAACGCCCAUACAAAAGAAUACGUUCAAGCCUUGAAGAUGCCAGCCAAACAUGCAUUUUAUUCGAUAAUGAGUUUAAUCGCUCCUGUUUUCGUCCUCCUUUUGCAGAUGAGAGCCUUAAAGAUUACACUACGAGGAUGAAUUGGGUUGCUGCUAACUGGUACAUACAUCACUUGAAAGGUCAUGUUUCACUAGUUUUCGUAACAGAUAACGAAAGUCGUGUCCACACUUAUUCAUCUGAAAUAAACACCACAUCGUGUAAAUUAACUGUCUUGGACCUACCAGGGUUUUUACAGAUGUACUACCCCACGCUCACAACUGCCAAACUUUUGUUUGAUUCUUUGGAUGUAUCACUUCGUUCUAUCCAAUCCAAAGACCACAAUUUACCAGAGCUCUCAAAAUCAGAAAAUCCUUCAGAGUCUUUGGACUCGUACAUCAUGCCUUCAGCGCCUUCUAUUGGUCACGUAUAUCCGGAAUAUUUACCUGAAUCGGCUUUAGCUGCCGGUUUACGGUCUGGACAAUUUUUGAAGGGCAUUCUUCACGUGUCACGUUUUCGACCGACUACUGAAGCCACGGUAGCCUUAACAGAUGCUAGUGCAGUAAAGCACCAACCAGAACUUAAGGAAGCGUUGGCUGCACGGAGUGAGAUUAUGAUUCACGGGCUACAACAUCGUAAUCGUGCUGUUGAUGGAGAUGUAGUCGUAGUACGUCUUUUACCCCGUGUUCAUUGGAAAACUGUUUCAUCCGAUAUUAGUGCUCAAGAAAACUGUGCAGCUGAAUUUGUAAGUGAUUCAUCAAGUAUAUCCGGAAGCAAACCCAAUCAGGAUUGUCUUGAUUCAGAAACAUUAUCAAGAAGUCUGCCUUGUGGCUUUGUUGUUGGUGUUGUCAGUCGUAAUUGGCGUGAUUAUGUCUGUACAUAUGUUCCUAAAUCUACUGAAAGUGCAUUAGAUCCAAAAAGUGAAAGUGGAUGGAUAAUAGUUACUCCAUGGGAUCGUCGUAUUCCCCUCAUUCGACUGCAUACUACACAAAUUUCCAAGCUAACUCGUGAACGUUUCAUUGUACGAAUCGAUACGUGGGACUCGUAUUCAGCUUAUCCAAGUGGUCAUUUUGUUCAAACUCUAGGUUGCAUUGGCGAUUUGGAAACGGAAACACAAACCAUACUAAUUGAACAUAAUUUAAUUAUUCGAAAUUUUACUGAUGCACAGCUGAAUGAAUUAGCACCACUAAGUGUCCAACGCCCUUGGAAAGUUGAUCCCGAAGAAGUAAAGAAACGUCGAGAUCUUCGAUCGCCCACUAUUUCAGGAAAUCCAGAGUCCGAAGAUAUACUUAUCUUCAGUAUUGAUCCUCCUGGAUGUCAAGAUGUAGAUGAUGCUUUGUCCGUUCAAUGGUUACCACCUAUCGUCGAUGAAUAUGGAAAAGAACAUAAACGUUUGCAACUGGGAGUACACAUAGCUGAUGUUAGUUAUUUUGUUCCAUCUGGUAGUUAUAUUGAUAGUGAAGCUCGAAGACGUUCAACCAGUAUUUAUUUAGCUGAUCGUCGGUAUGACAUGUUACCAGGUUUGUUAAGCGGAGACUUAUGUUCUUUAUGGAGCGGGCGUGAUCGCUAUGCUGUUAGCGUAUUAUGGGAAAUAGAUAUGGAUUCAUUCGAUAUCUCAAAUAUAUGGUAUGGUCGUACGGUAAUCCAUUCAAACUAUAAGUUAACCUAUGAACUUGCUCAACGCAUAUACGACUCAGUCACUGCAGAAAACAUUUCAUCGAAUAGCUUUGCAAUGGAAGAGCUUGUUAAGAAGUUAGGUGGAUUGGAGGCUGUUAAAAAUGAUAUACCUGAAUUAAAAGAAUUAAACCGGGUAGUUUUUACGUUUCAUAAUAUAUACCUGUUACGUUCGUUUUUUUUGUGUUCAUUGAUCGAUACGUCUUAUCAAUUUAGUGCAAAGCCAUAACUUUACACAGGUGUUAGCGGGACAUAGACUGGAUUAAAGCAUGCUCAAUGCACGAUUACUUUGUUGCACGCUGAUUGGCUAAUUAGCUAAUCCUUAUCCAAUCAGCACUAGUCGAUGGUUGAGGAUUACUCUAGAAUCUUCUCAUGUAAAAACUAUAAAUAUACUAACAUUUUCCCUAUUGUGCUUCUUACUUGCAUCUUACUUCCAUCUAACCUUGUUAUUUGGAAUAUAAUCUCUUUCCUGUUCAACCGUGUUCUGAUUUUGGGACUUGUCGAGUGAUUGGUGUCCAAGAAUAUUAAGCAAUAGGUAUAGCUGGGUCAUACCGUAAGAAGAGAGAUUAUAACAACAGGCUUACACUUUGUAAUGUCAAGGUUUCUCAUUUUAUGAACUUAUACUUCAUUGAUAUCACUAGUUGUUUUCAAACUUUGUUGAAAAUCAAAUUCAUAACGAGCAGUAGUAGAAGGUGCGACAAUUGAAUAAAUUAUAAGUAACAAUCAUGUCUAUAAACGUAUUACACCAUUGAUUUUGUAGUCAAAUGAAGAUAGUUGAAUAAAAGUCAGAGUGAGUCGACUUUUGAGGUAUAAAGCAUAUUACGAUUUAUUAUUGGGGUUUUUUAUGCACAUAAGUAACAGAUCUUUAACAUUAUUGGUACCGAACAAUAAGUGCAAAUUUAUUCAUAUUAUUCGAUAGUCGUGAUUAUAUUUUACCAAGGGGAGGUGAAUGUGAUCAAAUUGACCAGAAAAUAAACCUAUUCAAUUUUCAGUUUACUAAGAUAGAAACCAGUCAUUGAGACCCAGCAAGAUGUGCGUGACUUCAUGGCCAAUAUAAAAAAUAAGCUAGGAAUAAAUGAAUGUGAUGGUGUUAAUACACUACUUGAGUAAUAAGUACAUAACAUGUUCCUGAGCACCAAUUUAAAGGUACUAUGAACAUCAAACUUCUGUAAAAAUUUGGUAGAAGACAAACGCUUCAUAAACGGUUUAAGGAUUUGAUUCUACCCUAUUUAGUGUUGUGGAUGCGUACUAUUGUGUUGAUUUCAAACUUGCAAGUACACAGACCGAGUUGUCAGUUAUCCUACAACUAUUUUUUUCAUUGCCGAAUGUUUUAAACUCUGAAACCCAGUUAUAAAGUGGUACAUAUGCUAUAAAGUCAUAUUUUCUUAAGUUAUAAAGAAAUAUAAUAAAGUUUAAAGUGAAAACUUGUACUACAUUUAUAAAGUUCUACUAUCUAACUUUUUUCUUUUUUUCCUAAGUACAUAAAAUUAUAUACAUUUCUUACAUAAACUGUUUUAUGAUAUUCUUCACUUACAUGCUUAAAAAUACUUGCAUGAUUCGCAAUGUUUGUUUCAUAGUUAUGUAGUAUACCAUUGUGGGCCAGGGUAAUUUUACAUUGGUUUUCAGGAGAACCAGACACCAUCCGGACUUUCACGUAAAAACCCAAACAGUACAGCUCAACCCCGUUUAGCAGGGGAACCAGACACCGUAUAGGCUUUAACGCUACAAUCUGAAUAGUACAGCUCAAUCCUGUGGCGCAACCACACAGGUACCAAGCACCCUGGUGGACCAAAUGUUUGUUUCAGUAUCAACAAAUUAAGUUUCUUUAUGUGUUGUUGGAAUUAAUUUAUAAUGAAAUAAGCAUCGUUUGGUUCUAUGCAAUAUGGUUUUGAAAACUAUCCCUUUUACUCAAGUUUAUUUAAACUUAGUUACUAUAUUUAAGUAUUCAUCAAUGUUUUUAUAUUAGUCUUUGGGAAUUAUUCAAAUGGUAAUGGUGAUACAAAAUUAGACUUAGAAAAACUUUUCAUUUAUUAAAUGUAAGAAUAGUUUUAUUGAGUUAUGUCAUUAUUUCAUAGUAAUGAUUUAUUGUUUUAAAUAAUUAUCAAAGGAUGAAUGUUUAACUGCUUUGGACAAGCUUAGUAAAUCUAUUUUACUAUUGAUUGAUAUUGCCUCCAAUAUUCGUGAACGUCGACUUGCUAAAGGAGGUUUAGAACUUGAAAGUGUAGAAGUUAGUGUUCAAUUUGCCAAUCCUGAAACACGUACUGGAAAACUAGAGGAUUUGAUUCCAAAAGAGCCCCUUGAAAUGCACAAUACAGUAGCGGAGCUAAUGAUAUUUGCAAACCAUUGGGUUGCACGUCGAUGUGUAGAAUAUUAUCCUGAUCGCGCUUGUCUACGUCGACAUCCACCUCCGCGUCCGGAAUAUUUCGAUGAAGUUAAACGCUGUAUAGCUUAUCGAGGUUUUGUUUUAGACACAAAUUCCAAUCUUUCACUAGCGAAUUCCUUAAAAAAUGCAUCAGAUCCUAAUGAUCCCGAGGUUAACAAGGUGGUACGUCAACUUGUUACACGUGCAAUGACAAAUGCACUAUAUUUCUCAACUGGUUCAUCAAAUAUGACACAAGAUCAGUUUUCCCAUUAUGGCUUAGCCCUUAAUUUGUAUACACAUUUCACAUCGCCUAUACGACGUUACGCUGAUAUAAUUGUUCAUCGCCUUCUGCUUGCUUCAUUAGGAGACUAUAGGUCACUGACAACAACACAAAGUGAACUCAACUCAAAAAAUACUGAAUUAGUCACAAUUUUAGAAAAUAAAACCGACGGGUUAUUCUCUUCUGAAGAAUUAGCUUCUAUUUGCAAUCAUAUGAACGAACAACACUGGGCUGCUCAGCAAGUUCAACGAUCCAGUUUAGAAUUAUUUCAAGCUUUGUUCUUUAAAGAUAAACCAGUUGAUGAUCCAUCUCGAUAUGCAGAAGGAAUCAUUUGUCAGUUAAGAGGCACAAAUGGAUUUAUUGCCUUUGUUCCCCGAUACGGUAUCAGAGGUGCAGUUUGCAUAAAAAACGCGGAUGGUCACAUAGCAUGGGUUGAUCAUACAACACCCAAUACUGGUAACAUUCAUUGGUUACAAGAUGUCCAAAACAUAGUGAUUGGACGUGUUCAUUCAUCCGAACGAUCAGAUUGUGGGGUUUUAGAAGUCCGCAACUCCAAAACUAAUGAAUGUCAACAGUAUCGUAUGUUUGAUCAUGUCUUAUUAAAAAUAUAUAUCAGUGAGACUAUUGCUCAUGGAUUAAAUAUACGAUUGGAACUUGUAGGUCUCCCUAAAACAACAAAUGAUUCUAGAGGUAAACUAAUAACGGCUCAUACAACAACAGGAAAUCAUUCAGUCUGUACACCGAGUUUGAAUACAAAAUUAAUAAAGGAUGUACAAGAUAUAGAUGCUGAAAGACGUCAAAAACGCGAAGUGAGUGAUCAGGAACAUGUUGAUGUUUCAAAACGCAAGCAGUUGAUUGCACAAUUACAUGAUUGUUCUUCAGUAUAUCACCGAUUUCAUAAACUUCUACGUCAGUCUAAUGAACAUGAGAUGGAAACUAACUGAUUUCUGAAUUUCUUGUCAUGCUUCAACUUCAUUUCGAUUAAAAAUAACUUUUCUGUUAAGUGGGGAACAAUUUCAUUGUAUAAAGUCACAUGAAUUUAGUACACUAUAUGGCUUGUUUAGUUAAAAAUGUUAUCCAUUUCUUUUACUAUAAAAUAUCGCACUUCAUUUGAAAGAUGAUUACAUCCGACUGGACUCUGCUGUAUAUGACUUUUUACAUGGCGUACUGAAAAAAUACAUGAUUUGUAAUGUGCUCUGAAAAAACCAUCUUCAUGAACUCAGUGUCAAUUUAUAUUACCCGCUUUCCAAAAUGUUUACCUAGAUCGUCAGUGACUGAAGGAAAGCAUUAUAUGGGAUAAUAUAGUUUCUUAACAAUUUACUUGUUAGAUAAAUUUCAAUUUUUGUUCUUGGUUCCUUGACUCUUCCAUUCAACUAACUAAUUAAUCUAAUUCUCUUAGGGUUUUUUCACUUUGUAGAGGUGUUCUCAUGCCUUUGUAGUACCUCAUUUACACCUAAAGACUGAUGUUUUAUUUUCUGGUGCAUGCUCGAUUUGUUUCCUUGAGUCAAGAGUAGUCCGUCUGCUACGCUAAAUCAAUGUAACUACUGAAACUGUAUGAUUAUGUGGAAUCCUUCACGUAUAACUCGUGAAUACUGAUUUCCAUUCCUACUUUUAAGUUAUUCAUGGCUUUUCAACUUCGUCCAUGGUUGGAAGCAUAGUGUCAAAUACCGAUUACGUUCAGAAAUGAACUUUGGCGUAGUUGAAGGACAUUUGAAUUGUUCCUUCAAGUGUUGUGCUCAUGGUUUUAGUUUCAAGCAGAUGUAUAUUUUCCGUUAGAAUGCAGCUACUAACUGAUUUCACUGUGUCAUAUUUGGUGAGUUUAUACAGUUAUUCGACGUGAUCUAAUAUUGGCUUACCAUAUAAUCGAUGAUUUUGGUACCAUUAUUUCCUACUCUCCCACCCAAAACUGACCAUUUAAGGGAAUAAUGCAUAAACCCAAAGGCAUCGUCUGUGUUUACUUUUUUUCAUUGGCUCGUAAGUUACUCUAGACUAUCAUCUUGUGGUGCACUCGUCAGUAUGACGUGGAAGAUGACAUCAACUUAGAAACUGUAGACAUCUUGAAUGUUUAUUCUGUUAAGCGGAAUCAAAUAUUUACACAAGAGGAAAGUACAAUCACCACAGCAGCAAAUGGAGGUUUGAAGAAGAUUCACUUCUCUCCUAAAACUCUAUUAGAAAAACUGAAGUCCUUGAUGUUACACAAGUUACUAAACUUUCAUUAUUAAUCCCAUAGUCUUAAAUCAGG